AUGCGGCCCGCUAAGCCCAGCGCCCGGCUGCCCGCGCUUCUGCUGUUGGUGCUGGCUUUGUCCCCGCCGGGGACCCAGGGUCGGCCUCGGGGACGCAGGGCGGCGCGUCCCGCUGAGCUCAAGCCACAGCUUUUCCUCCCAGUAACAGGGACUCGGCAAGCUCCCAGAGCCUCCGGGAGCUCAGAAAUAUUCCCAAGAGACUUGACCCUGAAAGACAAAUUCAUAAAGCAUUUCACAGGGCCUGUCACGUUUUCAGCUGAAUGUAGCAAACACUUCCAUCGACUUUAUCACAAUACCCGGGAUUGCUCCAUGCCAGCUUAUUAUAAAAGGUGUGCUAGAUUGCUGAUGAGAUUAGCUGUGAGUCCACUGUGCUCCCAGACCUAGGAAACUAACCCUGUAUUUCAUAAGAUGCAAAUCUAAUUUGAAGAAAAAGUACCUGGAAUCAUAUUUAAUGCUUAGUUCCACAUGAUCCUGCAUAAAGUAACUUUCCAGGAGUAACUGAUGAGUGGUGUCCUGCAGGAGGAUGGAGGCUUUCUUGGCUUACCUUUGUGUAAACAAAAAUUCAUAUUAUUUUUUUAAGAAAUAGAUUUUAAAUCAUAUAUUGUAAAUAGAAUAUUUAAAACUUUAUUGUAUUUUUGCUAGAAAUAUUAUUUUUGUAUGGUUAACAUUGCAUAACAAACAUUUAAUUAUCCAAAUUGUAUUUCAGUACCAGUGAAAAAUAAUAACUUUAUUGUACAUGAUUUCAGUGAUAUGUUUGGCAGAUAUUUGUGUUCAAUUUUGUAAUUCUUAUUUAAUAUUUAAAAGCCUGUAUUAAGAAUUUGUUGUAUUUAUUUGUAUUACUAUGAACUGUGAAUUUUAUUAAA